AGAGGAAGAAAAAAAAGGAAAAAGCCUGAACCAUCAUCCCGGAGCUGGCGGAGCGGGGUCACGAACUAUGACCUUUAACAGAAGAAAACCAAAACAAACAUUUUAUAAAAUAGAGGAACGUCCUAAAUUCGCGGCCGCCGUGCCCCGGAGACCUCACUAAUGACCUUACAUCAUCAUGACAACGGGCCUGAAUCUGCUCUCUCAGCAGAAAGUGGAUUCUGAGCACGAGGCAGAGGCGUCAUCCUCUCCAUCAGACUCAGUGAUGAGUGAGUCUCCGCAGCGCUUUCGGGUCAUCUCUACUGAGCCUGCCACAACACCACAGCGAAUACAGAUUGUAACUGACCAGCAGACCGGUCAGAAGAUCCAGAUAGUAACCACGAUGAACCCGUCCAAUGCUCCCAAGCAGCAGUUCAUUCUCACUACGGCUGACAGCUCAGGGGCGGGCAAGGUUAUCCUGGCCUCAUCAGACAGUCGCAGCACUAAGCAGCUCAUCUUCACUGCUGCAGACAACCUGAUGCCAGGAAGAAUACAGAUUGUCACAGAUCCAGUGUCAAUGGAACGGUUGUUAGGGCAGUCGGGGGACUUGAGCCGAUCGCAGCCAAUAGAGUACUGUUUGGUGUGUGGGGACAAGGCUUCAGGGCGUCACUAUGGAGCCGUCAGUUGUGAGGGAUGUAAAGGCUUCUUCAAGAGGAGCGUGAGGAAGAGCUUGACCUACAGCUGCCGCAGCAAACAGGACUGCAUCAUCAACAAACACCACCGCAAUCGCUGCCAGUUCUGUCGGUUGAGCAAAUGCCUUAAGAUGGGGAUGAAGACUGACUCUGUUCAGAGUGAGAGAAAACCCAUCGAUGUAGUGCCCAGAGAGAAACAUGCCAACUGUGCUGCCUCCACCCAGAAGAUCUACAUUCGUAAGGACCUAAACAGUCCGCACAUCGCCACCCCAACCUUUAUCUCAGAUACAGAGACAGACGGCUCCAGAUCCAGCCUGCUGGACCAGGGGAUGCUGGUGAACAUCCAGCAGCCUGUCAUCCAAAGUGAUGGAACUUUGCUGCUGGCCACUGACUCAAAGAUGGAUUCUUGUCAGGGCGACUUGGGGACACUAGCUAAUGUGGUGACAUCACUGGCCAACCUGAGUGACUCAUUGAAAGAAAAUCUAAACAAUGGUGACACCUCAGACAGUCAACAAGAGGAGCAAUCUGCCAGCGAGAUAACACGUGCCUUCGACACCCUGGCCAAAGUCUUCAACCCACCUGAAAUACGGGUCGGACAUAGUCUGACAGAGAAAUCGCAGUGUGUCAGUGGAACAACAAUCCAGCUGAUUGGUCGAGACCAGGAGACCCCCAUCAUUGAGGUGGAGGGACCACUGCUCACUGACGGCCAUGUUGGCUUCAAGCUGAGCAUGCCCAGCCCCAUGCCCGAUUAUCUGAAUGUACACUACAUCUGUGAAUCAGCAUCCAGGCUUCUCUUUCUAUCCAUGCACUGGGCACGCUCCAUCCCUGCCUUCUCAGCUCUUGGUCAGGAGGCAAACACCAGUCUUGUGCGAGCCUGCUGGAAUGAGCUGUUCACUCUGGGUCUUGCUCAGUGCGCUCACGUGAUGAACCUGUCGACCAUCCUCACUGCCAUCAUCAACCACCUUCAGAGCAGCAUCCAGGAUGACAAACUUUCAGGGGACAGGGUGAAGCAGGUGAUGGAGCAUAUCUGGAAGUUCCAGGAGUUCUGUAACAGCAUGACGAGAUUGGAGACCGACAGCUAUGAAUACGCCUACCUGAAGGCUAUAGUGCUGUUCAGCCCUGAUCACCCAGGUGUGGACAGCAGUGGGCAGAUUGAGACGUUUCAGGAGAGGGCGAUGAUGGAGCUGCAGGACUAUGUGCAGAAAACUUAUCCUGAUGACAUGUACAGGAUGACCCGUAUCCUGACUCGUCUCCCCGCCCUGCGCCUCAUGAACUCGAGUAUCACAGAGGAGCUCUUCUUCACUGGCUUGAUAGGUAACGUCUCCAUUGACAGUAUAAUUCCCUACAUCCUCAAGAUGGAGACGGCUGAAUAUAACAGCCAGGACUCUGAUGCCGCAGAAUAACAUCCCACCACUCCAGGACCCAGAACUGUCAAUUUAAAGAUGGUACUCUCUUUGUCUCUCAGUGGGUUUAUUUUUGAACCCCGAUCUAAAAUGCUGCAGCAGCUCCUUGUUUUCUAAUGAUGCAAAGUGAAAAGUCAUUCAGGAAUCCCUGGUAGAUUAGUACAAUCUGGCACUGGGAUGACACCUGGAUUCUUCUCUGGAGCUGACACCGUGUGGUUGUCUGGAGUUUCUGGCCUAAAUUCAGCCACACUGAAUUAGAUUCAAAACGAAUUCUCCUCAGCUGCAGCUGUGCUCAUUUCCUGCAACAUCUUUAUAGCACUUAAAGCUUGUUACGUGUGAACUUUACCCUUUGACCUAAGCCUUUCAAUUUGUUUUAUCUAAGCCUUACUAUGCUUUCAUGAUGAUUGCAUAAAUCAUUUGCAGAUAUAAGGCGAGAUAUAUAAAUAAACCAGAAUCUAAAGAUCUUAGAUGGAAUUUGAUAUGUAGAAUUGGAUUUUCACGUGUUUAAAAACUCUAAUCUCUAAGAUUAUCAUAAAUCUGAGUAUUUUCUUUUAGAAUGUACUUUAAAGUAGUAAAGUAUUUAUUUAUUUUUGCUUUUCUGAACAUUGGUACAGUAUGAUCUUGUAUAAUUAAUGAUUGAGUGAAAAAGAUUGAGUGUGACUUAUUUGAAUUUUUCUUCUUUUCUUUUUUUUUGAAAGUGACACUUGACACGAAUGAACAGAUCUUUACUUUCAACAUAAAUUGAAAUAAUCGUUGGGAUUAUUUCAAUCAGGUAUAUGAGGAAACUUAAACCUCAAUCAUUAAUUUAAACAAUGUAUUUGCAAGGUAUUCAACAUUGAGUGACCACAUAGCUCAGUACAAUGUGACCAGUUUCUGAUUUUAUUUCCUCUUUCAGUUUUAAUUUACAUUCUCAAAAUCACAAAUUCGCAGAUUAAGUUCUCCUGUAUUUACAUUGAAUGACAUCGCAGAGUUUAGGUUUGAGAGAGUUGUCAUGUUAAGGUACAUUUGUUCAUGAUUAUGUUUCUUAAACUUUCUUUACUUAGCCGUGCAAUCACCUCAUCGCUUGUCCUUCUACGACAAUCAUAUGUGUUGUUUCCUUCUGAUGCAUCAGUGUCACAACUGUCUGCAUUUUAUAUGCGUAUUUAUCAGUGGCAAAUAUUUCUUUUAAGUCAUUAUUAUGAAGAUGUUUGGUUCAGAAAUGUUUCUUAUGUUCUAUGCUGCUUUGUUUGUUUUCUGCUAAGUGCACAUUAAUCAGCUUCUGAGGCGUUCGACUUCAUGCUGACUAAAACUUUGUGUUCUCUAUGUUUUCUAAAGACUUUUAUUUGUUGUAAACAAAUUUGCUAGUUGCAUACUAAGUGUACUUAAAGUACUUUUGGGCAGGUUUCCCUGGUUAAAAAAAAAGAAGGAAGAAUAGUGAAUAGAUCUUCUGGGAAGCCAGUCUCCAGUGUCAGUGUUUCCCUUGCAUCGACUGGGGAGAGAACCUCUUGGGCACUGUCGCCAGAUAACUUGCGUUUCAAAAAUGCUGAUAUUUUGGCCUAACUUUCAGACAGUUGGGAUGUAUUGAUCCUAAGUCUAAGAAAGAUUUAUUGCACUUGUUGGAAAGUUUUUAUUGCACUUAUCAUAACAAAUUGUCAAAAUGUGAGAGAAGAGAAAUGUGACUGUAAAUCAGACUUAAUGAGCUGAAAUUAAACGAGUGCACUUCAAUUAGGUACAAUAAAUAAAUAAAAAUUUCAUGUGUUAGAUUUUUUAAAGAAUUUUCUCUCUUUUUCAAUUAAUUUUUUUGUUGGGCCGUUCUGCCCUCCCAAAGUUAUGGUAUGGGAAACACUGAAUGUCUUGAAGACCAUCUGGAAACAUUGGUUUACCCACUUGUGUAACGGUUCAGAAGAAAGAUCCACAGCAACAUGAAUGAUGAUGGGGAUAUAAAGAAGUUAAUUAUUAUGUCUUGUGAAGUUAAUGUCGGUUGUAAUGUCAGUUGUAAUAAUCGGGUUUAAAACCCUUUCAGACUGUUUGUAAAGACACUGGCGUGAAAUGACCUUUUUUCAUGUAAUUUCAUUCAAAUGAGUGCAUGUUGUUUUUAAGCGGGGUUUUAUAAUGUUGUGGCUGAUUGCCCUAAUAAGGAGCAUUGUUAUGAUUUUUUUAUAGUGCUUUGCGGUGCAUGACAAAGUUGCUUAAGUGCAUUUUAUUAAAUGCUGUGUAAGAAAUAUUGAUUUAAAUGUUGUGGCUUUACAGUGUCAACCAUGAGCAGCUCCCACAUUAGAGGGUAUUAGUGCAUUUUUAUUCACCUUUGUGGAUUGAGUAUCCCAUGGUUAAAGUUUUAUACUGUGUUAAAUGUCGUUUUUUUUCUCCAUUAUUUUUUGCUCAUGUAAAAUGUACGUCUUCAAACAAGAGAUUGUGAAAUUCAGAUAUUCAUGUUUUCUUCUCUCACAACCCUACAUUUCUACCUCACACCAAUGCAGAUGUAAGACAAAAUGUAUUAACGACUGAGUUCCUGUAUCAGCAUUCCAGUCUCUGGGGCCGGCUUCUCUGAAGCCACGUAUUAUAAAAAGAAAUAAACAAUUAUUCAUCAAAUACAACAA